AUUAGAAUACCUUAAGUUGUAUCUCAAUCAUUCAAGGAAAUUAGAACAUAGAUCGUUAUAUACAAAAUGAAUGGUCUAUAAGGCUAAUAGUUGGUUGAUGCGUGAUUAAAUCACAGAAUGCCAAAGCACAUUUAUUUUUCAAAAUUGGAGGUCGUAGUAGCAAGUAAAUUGCAAGCAAAUUAUUUGAGUUGCCACCAUAUUCUUCAAUAAACUUAAAAGUCAAGUUUUGAAAGUAAAUUAUAUAUGAUAUUAUGUAGAAUUGAUUUAUGGUCAUGUAAAGGGAUACAUCUUUAUGGAUGAUUAACUUAUAUGGUCCAUAAAUAUCUAUUACAAAGAACAUGAUAGAGAAAAACGCGAAUAAGAUAAGAAUUGGAAAGAAAUGUCUCUCUUAAUCUAAAUAUCAAAUAUAUAGUUUGGGAUAUUAUAAUAGAGUGAUUUCAGCUGAUGAUUUUGGAGGUUCAAAAAAAUGUCAUUUUGUUUUUGCAAUUUUUAUAAGACUAGUGCUUGAGUAGUUAUUAGUUAUUUUUAAACUAAACAUCAUUACAUAAUAAUAAUUAAAUGCUAUUCAGUGGAAAUUGACUCUAAGAAACAAUGAGGUUGUUUAAAUUAAAAUUGAUCAAAAGCUAGUUUGGGAAGAAAUUAAAGCUAACUAGUUUGAAAAAUUAUAAUAUUUUCUAUGUACAAUGCUUCAAAGAUUUUUUUUUAGUUCAGGACCUAAAUUUUUGAUUACAAAGUAUAAAACCAAUUUCAUUGUUGAUUAAUUAAAAAUUUUGGAAGCUCAUCAGGUAAUUCUUUAAAACUGAAGAGACAUCAUAAAUGCACAAGGAUUUUUGUCUAUGGUACUACCAAGGUAGAUUAAAUUUUUAAUCACUGAAGAUGGGCUUUCAUCAAUUUUAUUUUUUGAUCUUCUUCAAAUGAUAUUACAAUAAUUAAUGGAUUUUAGAUUCAAACUCUAAAAUCUUUUUAAUAGGAAAAAAUCUGGAGUUUAAUCUGAAUUAUAAACUUCUUAAAAGAUCGAUCUAUUUUCUUGUGCAAAACAAAGGAAAUUCCUCUUUAGGGGAGUUUGGCGUUGUUUAAAAAGAACAUUUCAUUGGAAAGAGUAAUUUAUACAUUAGAUCAUGCAAGGCUAGAAAAUUGAAUUUGAUGGUUUAUUCUUAGUAUAAGGACGUCGCUGCUUCAGAUUAGUGGAUAGGUUGAAGGAGACUAAGUUGUAGUUAUAUAAUACAAUAUAGGAUAUCAUAAUAAUAUUUUUAUGA